ACAUUUGUAAUUUUUAUUUAUUGUUAUCUUGAAUUGUAUUUACGAAAACGACGCAUAUAAACAAAGAGAAUUUGGCAUUUUUUUAAAAAUUGUAAUGGCAGAGAUGGAAAUGCAAAGUAAUAAAAUGUCGAUCGCGGAGGAAACACAAGCGCAGACGCGCAAAGAAUGUGGAAAAAGAGGACGGAAACCAGGAAGGAAGACAUCGACUGAAAAAUUGGAUAUCAAGGCCAAACUUGAACGAAGCAGACAAAGUGCUAGAGAAUGCCGGGCACGAAAGAAACUACGUUAUCAGUACCUCGAGGAACUGGUGGCGGAUCGGGAGAAGGCUGUAGUGGCUUUGCGUGCCGAACUGGAACGCUUAAUUCAAUGGAAUAGACAGUCAAAUGAAAAUAACACUCCAAUCAACAAUGACCAGUUACUUCAGGAAAUCGGAAUCCUCAAACAAGAAUAACCUAUAUUUUAUUUCUUAACAUAAAAUAAUUACUUUUUGAUAAAUAUACGGCAGUUACUAUUUAUAAUUUAAA